GACAGAAUGUGGUAAGAUGUGGUGCCUUUGCGUCUCCUGUGUCUCAAAUUCUCAAUUCUCAAACCCACUGUCAUUUGCAUUCCCAACUGCCUCUUAUCUCCCCUGUUUUCCUUAUUCUUCAAUUCCAAAGAGAAUUCCAAUUAAGAGGGAUGACGCCACUUCAACUUGCAUUGCCGCCUUCACAACUGCCCAGGCCUUACAGCUGUCCGCCGCUCCUCCGUCUCUCUUCUGCCACCUCCACUGGCCGCUGGUGGUCAGCUGUUGGCACUGCUCCACCUCCUUCGUUGUCCUUCUCCUCCAUCCAGCCAAGUCUCCACCUUCACACUCAUCUAUCUGAGGGUUGCUCUUUCAUUCGAGCUGCUUGGACCCGAAGAUCUCGAAGUGAAGCUGCAAAGAAACCUAACAGGAAAUCAUGGAAGCAGAGGACAGAUAUGUACAUGAGACCGUUCUUACUAAACGUUUUCUUUUCAAAAAGAUUUAUUCAUGCUAAGGUGAUGCACCGAGGAACAAGCAAAGUGAUCUCUGUCGCUACCACAAAUGCUAAGGAUCUUCGAAACUCUCUCCCCUCCUUGACAGAUCACAAUGCUUGUAGAGUGGUUGGAAGGCUUAUUGCCGAGCGAUCAAAGGAGGCUGAUGUAUACGCAUUGGCUUAUGAACCAAAAAACAAUGAAAGGAUUGAAGGUGGGGCUUAUCUUUCUUCUUUUGUUGAUGCUGUUUUGGAGAAGCUGUCUCCAAUACUUGAAGAUGAUGACUUUGUCCUCGAAGGAAGCGACUCUGCCCUGGAGUUGCUUGGAAGGCUGGAGAGAAGUCUAUUUGAUGUUGGAUCUGUGCUUGAUGAUGCUGAGCUGAAGCAGUUCAGUGACAAGAAAGUGAAGAAGUGGCUCGUUGAUCUCCAAGAUGCUUUGUAUAAGGCUGAUGACUUGCUGGAUGAACUCGCCACUAAAGCCGCCACUGCCACUCAAAGAGAUCCAGGUAACUCUUCUCCCUGGUCUCACUAUGUUGAUUCAUGUAUUGAAGAUAGUGCCAUCAAUGUCAUCGAAAAAACAGUUGCCACACUAGAGUCUGUUGUAAAACGAAAAGGUUAUCUUCGUCUUCUUCCGAAGGAGAGUGCUAAGAUGGACAUCUCGUCAUGGAGAAUUCCGUCCACAUCUCUCGUUGUAAGUACUGACAUAUUUGGUCGGGACCAAGACAAGGAGAACAUAAUCAAAUUGCUGUUAGAUGAUACCUGCGAUGUUGGGUCACCUGUGACUGUGAUCCCCAUCGUGGGUAUGGGUGGAAUAGGAAAAACUACUUUGGCUCAACUGGUUUACAGUGAUGUCAAAGUCGUGGGAAAAUUUGACACUAGAGCAUGGGUGUGUGUUGCUGAAAAUCCUGACCCUAUUAAUGUUACAAAGACAAUAAUAGGGGCAAUAGAUUCUUGUCCGGGUAACAUGGAUAAGUUUGAUUCACUUCGGAAUAAUUUGAAGGAAACGGAUAAUUUUGAUUCACUUCAGACUAAUUUGAAAGAAAAGUUGACAGGAAAGACAUUUUUAGUUGUCUUAGAUGAUGUCUGGCAUGAUCGACGAGACAUGUGGGAGGAUUUUUUAAAACCUUUUCGUUUUGGGGAUAAUGGAAGUAAGAUUCUUCUAACAACCCGUAAUGAAAAUGUUGCUUCUGUGUUCACGGCUAGUAAUUUACAUUAUCGACUAAGUUUAUUGUUGAUUGAAGAUUGUUGGUCGAUGUUUUUGAAGCAUUCAUCUAUUUCUACUAAUUCUAAACAAUAUGCAACUCUAGAACAAAUUGGUAGAAAAAUUGUUGAAAAAUGUAAGGGGUUACCUUUGGCUGUGAAGACACUUGGGGGUUUAUUGCGUAAUAAGUUAAAUAAAGGAGAUUGGGAAAAUAUACUUGAAAGUGAAAUGUGGGAACUCUCGGAAGAUGACAGUAAGAUUACUCCUGCAUUAAGAGUUAGUUAUCACUAUCUUCCUUCCUAUUUGAAGCGGUGUUUUGUUUAUUGCUCAUUAUAUCCGGAGGAUUAUGAAUUUGACAAAGACGAAUUAAUUUUGCUAUGGAUUGCUGAAGAUCUUUUACAACCAAAAGAAAACAACACAUUAGAAAAAAUUGGUUGUGCAUAUUUUGAUGAAUUAGUUGCAAGAUCAUUCUUUCAACCUUCUAGUGCUAGUGGAAAGUUAUUUGUAAUGCAUGAUCUCAUGCAUGAUCUAGCAAAGUUUUUUGCUGGAAAAUUCUAUUUCAAUCUCAAAGAAUUUGGCAAUCGGCACAUGAUAGAUAGCAACAUUCGACAUUUGUCAUAUACCACAACAUAUGAGGACAACUUCAAGUUAUUUCAAGAGGACUUUAAUGGAACAACACACAUGAGAACAUUUUUAAAUUUUCCUUUGUUUCGCUUUCAAGCAUCAAUUACUAUGGAAAGCGAGUUUUGGCUCUUAGGACAACAAUUGGAGUGUUUAAGAGUUUUGUCAUUUAAAUACAUUUUUCUAAAAUCAUUACCUGAUUCAGUAGGUGAAUUGAUUUAUUUGCGUUAUUUGAAUUUAUCUUUCACACUUAUCGAGACAUUGUCUGAGUAAAUAUGUAAAUUAUGCAAUCUCCAAACUUUGAAGUUGAGAAAAUGUUUAAGGCUAAAGAUGCUUCCGAGCUGCAUGCAAGAUCUUUUGAACCUUUGCCACCUUGAUAUUCGAGGGGCUUCUCGUCUGAAAGAGAUGCCGAAGGGAAUGAGCAAGUUAAAGCAUCUAAACUUCUUAAGUGAUUAUAUCGUCAGCGAGCAAGAAGAGAAUGGGAUGCGAGAAUUAGGAACAUUGGACAAUCUUCAUGGCUCAUUUUGCAUUUCCAACUUGGAGAAUGUCAAGAAUAGUGGUGAAGCUUUGAAGGCAAAGAUGGGUAACAAAAAGCACAUCAACACUUUAAAACUGAAAUGGGUUCCAGAUGGUGACAUUGAUGAUAUUGGAAUCGAAAGAGAUAUACUUGACAAGUUGCAACCUCAUGAAAACUUGAAUAAGUUAUCAAUUAAGGGUUAUCCGGGUGAAAGAUUCCCAGAUUGGUUAGGCUUUUCUUGCUACUCCAAUAUGACCAAAUUGAGUCUGGAUUGUUGUAUGAAUUGUUGUGAGCUUCCUUCACUGGGACAGUUACCCUCUUUACAGCAUUUGGAGUUUUCUGAUCUUGAUCGGUUGGACAAGAUUGGUUUGGAGUUUUACAACAAAAAUAAUGGAUCAUUUCAACAGGAGACACCCUUCAAAUCUCUCGAAACUCUGAAAAUUGAGUAUAUGUAUCGUUGGCGGGAGUGGCAUUUUCCUGAUGAGUAUGAUGGUUUUCCUCAGCUUAGAA